AUGGGCGAUCACGAGGACGCGUCGAAGCGAGAGGAGGGGGGAGGGCCAGGGGCGCCUUCAUUUACGGAUGAUUUCAUAUGCGUGUCCGAGUUCUCAGAGAUCGUCGGCCCGGUGCCCCUCUUCUGCAUCCCUGAGAGCGGCAAGGGGUCCUUCAACAUCGAGAAAUUCGUGAUUCGCAUUAUGGCUGUCGAUUACCAGAACAAGAGCUGCGACCCUGGUGCCUUUGUCGAUGACACACAAGUCGUGAUCACCGAGCCCACAGAGAAUGCAUUCGCCUACGUCUCGCGCAUCUUCAAGGCGGGCAACCAGCUGGUGUUUUUGGAAGAUCUCAAGCACAGGCUGGCCGAUCUCUACCACACACGGGAGAUCCUUCAACAGAAGAAGAGCCGCAGCUCUAACAACUCCGGCAACGCCGAUCAAGACCAAGAGCUGCACGGCUUCCUCAACGCUGAAGACCCGACCGCCUUCUCCUUCAUCCCUCCCACCCCCAACAUUGUAAAUGAAACGAUCAAGGAGAUGGAGUCGAUCAGGCGGCGGUUCCAUCACAACAUACUCAAGAGCCACAACAGUGACACGAGAGGCGGGAAGAACAGGCUCGGUGGCAUGGACGACAAUGUGCAGCGGGAGUACUCGCAGUUCGAGACCGAAGACGAAGAUGACGAUGACGACAUCUUCAUGGAGCCCGAGUAUUCGAUCGGAGGCGAUGAGAGUGUAAAUGAACAAUCCGGGUCAAUCGAGGCUACAGCAGAAGCUGAUGGCGAGCGCAAUGGCGAUGACGACGAAGAGAAUGCCGAAGGGGAGGAGACCUUCGAUGGCGCGAAGGAGUGCAACAGCAGUGACGAGGAGGAAGACCUUCGCACCGAGGAACAUCUGCUGGCCAACCUCUACCAGCAGCUGGGCAUGCGCCUCCCCGAGACCGACUACAAGGCACGCCUGCUCCCCACCAGGCAGCACCAAUCGGUGAUGGCUUUCCCACAAGUGUUGAAGACUCUGUACAAAGGAAGGCGUUACGAGACCAAGCUGCGCGAGCUGGACGAGCUCUGCGGCAAGGCCUACCAGCAAGCCCUCGAAAAGCUUCACAAGGUCCACUGCCACUAUUCGCGACCCAGCAUCGUCCUCGAGCUCGAAGAGGAGGAGUUUUGCUACGCCGAGCCGUCAUCGUCGCUGCUGACGUUCGGACGCAACAUCGUGUGCAAUUUCAACCUCGAAGCUUACAUGCGCUCGCCCCACAAACGAAGUUCUGCGCGCGACACGCCGCUGAGCUCCUUCUCUUCUUCGCCCUAUGUCACACGCCGCAGUUCCAUCUCUUCUCCCACGAUGAAAGACGUGGGCGAGAGCACGUCAGAUGGUUCGUCGGGGGCGUCGUCGUACGACUCGCCGGCACAGCUGACACCGCCCACGGACCAACCGUUGCUCUCUCCCGAACCUUUCGACGAAGCCAUCCUCACCCGAAAACUUAUGGGACUGGAUGGGACGAAUGUUGCGCCACACGUGCUUGUUUGCCCGCCGGAGAGGGGAACGCCACCAGCACUUGCCGGCUCCACUCCCGACCGAAAGAAGCCGCCCAAGAACAAGCCGAACCUGGAAACGUUCGCGAGCACGCUGUGGGACUGUUCAACGGUGAACGCGGGGAUGGGCGUGACCAAGCUCAUGCGAUACAACUUCGUGCGACACCUGGUGUACUCGCUCCUCAAGGGACGACCCGUGAUCAUCUACGGCACUCCACAGAAUGAAAAUCUCGUGAGGGAAUUGGUGUCGGCAUGCUCGUUGUUCGUGCCUGGCUCCGGACGAGGCGCCAAUGCGCUCAUCGCUUCUUGGCGAACGAAGCCCAUCCACAUGAGCGACCUCGCAUACCUCAAGCUGAUUGGCCUCUCCAAGCGAGUCACCAUCCCCAAGGCCGUUGAGCGCUACGUCUCGAUCUUUGAUUAUGAGAACGCACAGUUGCGUUGUCCACCCUACACGAAGGGCACCCUCGUGGAGAAGAUCCUGGGGCUACGCACGCACUGGCCGGACGAGAAGACGCACCUGGCCUAUAUUCACUACAAGCUGCUCGAGGUGGCGACCCAGGCGUGUCUCUACUACCAGAUGUGCUGCGUGACCAACAACUUCAACCACACCUUCCCGCCGGCGUCGUCCGUACCCGGCUCCCUGCGGGGCAACAUCCAACAGACCUACUCGGCCGACGUCACCGUGAGUCUCCGAGAAAAGAGCGGCAGCGUGUCCGGCCCUGCCUCGUCGGCUAACAGCGGCGUCAGCGGCAAGGGCAGGAGCGAUUCGAGCCCACGUGAGAACAGCAAGCUCUCGGGGGCGAGCAGCGGCGGAGGCAUGGGCGACGACGGCGGUCGCGAAAGGAGUCAGCUCGACGAGGAGGGCCAAGAGCCCGCCACACAGAAGCGCACGUCGACGCUGGGCGGGUAUCCCGGCUACCAGGCCAACCCGGAGCGGCUGGCCGCUGGCGCCCCCGGGCCGCAGUCGCGGGCCAAUGCCAAGCCAUCGAUCGGUGAUGGAGGCAGCGGCAAGGGUUCGAUGUACCAGCGAACGUACCACUCUGAGGGCCAGCUGCCCACCGUCAACGUGCCCACCGUGCCAAGCUCUGUCAGGGAGCAAGCCAAAUUGAACUUCUUCCGACAGACUAAGGUCAAGACGCACGACAUGGCCAUCGUUGAGUAUUUUGCGGAGGUGGUCAAGGAACAGCAGUCGCUGGAGAUGCACGGCCCUGGCGCGCAGGUGGCUCCGGUGAUUCAUCUCGACUACACGCCCUGCGCACUCUUCAAGCACACCAAGGAGAAGGGCAAAGGCGGCAAGUAA